UUAUAAAGUAGAACACAUUGCAACAUCUGACACACUGGUUUCCCUAGCAAGACGAAAAGCUCUUCUAGACGUUUGCCCCAAAGCCAUUCAGCAAACAGAAAUAGCAAACAUGUGCAACUGGUAUUGCACCUCAAGUGGGCCGUCUACUAACCUCAAGUGCCUGCACUGUGGCAAGAAGUACUGCGCCGCCUGCCUUCACGGGGAGUUCCAAGGCAAGAUGCCCUCACUGGUGAAGUGCGGCGCCUGUGGGAAGAACCCGAGGUCAAAACCCAACUCGGAUCGCGGCGACUGGUCUGGAACCAAGGUGCCUGGGAGGUCAACGGGGAACACCGGCAAUUAGAUGUGCUCGAGCGGUGGAGGGGAGCAACAUGUUUUGUUGCCAUGUGUGUGGCUUGUCCCAGGAUAGAUAUGGUUAACUGUGGGGGGUCGCGGUAGGUGGACUCGUUUGGGGAGGUGCGGGGAGGCAGUGAUGGCGGCGAGGACCCGAACAUGGUUACAUGCUUGUGCUGUACAUACAGGUCGAAUUAAACGUAGGUAGGCCCUGGGUGGGCACUUACGUUGCUAGUCCAUCGUGUAUAAAUGUGAUUACCAGUCAAUGCUUAUGCCGAGGUAUUGUGGGUAGUGUAGCUAGGUUCCUGUGCCCUUAGCAGCGUUAGCCUUUAGGCAUCUCGUCCUUGUGAUUUUCGUGAGAAACCGCAUUAUGAUUCAUGGCAAGUUGAAUGCAUGCGCUGGAACACUGUAGGUAAGCGGUAAGUGCGCUUUGUACAACAUGUUACUUUACUUGUGUGCGUGACCCCGCACAACCUCGGUGCGGAUUGAGGGUGUUUUAUUGCCGUACAUGAUUAUGAUUGUUAUCCAGUGUGUACUGCUUUGGAACUACGGAAGGCUGCGGCACCAGCAAUGUGUGCUUUGUGAAUUGGUGCUUCUGUACCUCUGUGUGCGGACCUGUCUAUAGUUGCGGUAGAGCUACACUUGGAUGCUCCUUACAUGCGCUGAGAGGGGGCACCCUGAGCCUCACCAGCGUCCUGGCAUGCCUGAUGUGACCGGGUGUGGUGUACCUUGACUUACCCCACCAGUCAUCUAACGGAACGGCUCACAUUAGGUGUCGAAUACUGCGUUGCGCGGUAGUAGUGAUUGAUCGAUGGUCGGUUAUUCGUUACGUGGGCUAGCUUGGAGGUUUUGGGGAGUGGGAAUACUGGUCGGGUCUGCUAGAGUAACGUUAAGGAGGAAUGCACUGGGGUACGGAAAGUGUGUACUUUACUAACGCUGAUGCCGCACUCUGAGGACGGAUGCGCGCUAUGCUCCCGCCUGGCCUUGUUAUAAGCCGGCGUGAAAGGCUAGGAAUUCAUGCUAACUGAAUACCGUA